UGUUGUUUCGGUCGAAGAGCAGUCGCCGCCAUUUCAAGACUGUGAGAGGUAGAUGUCUAACAAGAGUUCCUAAGAUUCGAAUCCUGUAACUGCUGCCGCCCCUUAAGCCUUCCAAAACACUGAUACGGCUGCUGCCCUCUUCCUCCUACCUCUAGAAACAUUCUUGCCAGUAGUGGCGGCAGCAGAAGUUAAUAACCCCCUUCUUAUUCUAUCUCAAGAAGCUCCAGAUGGCGUCUUCCGUGGGCAACGUGGCCGACAGCACAGAACCAACGAAACGUAUGCUUUCCUUCCAAGGGUUAGCUGAGUUGGCACACCGAGAAUAUCAGGCAGGAGAUUUUGAGGCAGCUGAAAGACACUGCAUGCAGUUAUGGAGACAAGAGCCUGACAAUACUGGUGUACUUUUAUUACUUUCAUCUAUACACUUCCAGUGUCGAAGGCUGGACAGAUCUGCUCACUUUAGCACCCUGGCAAUUAAACAGAAUCCCCUUCUAGCAGAAGCCUAUUCGAAUUUGGGGAAUGUGUACAAGGAAAGAGGGCAGUUGCAGGAAGCAAUUGAGCAUUAUCGACAUGCUUUGCGUCUCAAACCUGAUUUCAUUGAUGGUUAUAUUAACCUGGCAGCAGCAUUGGUGGCAGCAGGUGACAUGGAAGGAGCAGUGCAAGCUUAUGUCUCUGCUCUUCAGUACAAUCCUGAUUUGUACUGUGUGCGCAGUGACCUGGGGAACCUGCUCAAAGCCCUGGGUCGCUUGGAAGAAGCCAAGGCAUGUUAUUUGAAAGCAAUUGAGACGCAACCAAACUUUGCAGUAGCUUGGAGUAAUCUCGGCUGUGUUUUCAAUGCACAAGGGGAAAUUUGGCUUGCAAUUCAUCACUUUGAAAAGGCUGUCACACUUGACCCAAAUUUUCUGGAUGCUUAUAUCAAUUUAGGAAAUGUCUUGAAAGAGGCACGCAUUUUUGAUAGAGCCGUGGCAGCUUACCUUCGUGCCCUAAGUUUGAGUCCAAAUCAUGCUGUGGUGCAUGGCAACCUGGCUUGUGUAUACUAUGAGCAAGGCCUGAUAGACCUGGCAAUAGACACCUACAGGCGAGCUAUAGAACUGCAACCACACUUCCCUGAUGCUUACUGCAACCUAGCAAAUGCUCUCAAAGAGAAGGGCAGUGUUGCUGAAGCAGAAGAUUGUUAUAAUACCGCUCUCCGCCUAUGUCCCACCCAUGCAGACUCUCUGAAUAACCUGGCCAAUAUCAAACGAGAGCAGGGAAACAUUGAGGAGGCAGUCCGCUUAUAUCGUAAAGCAUUAGAAGUCUUCCCAGAGUUUGCUGCUGCACAUUCAAAUCUAGCAAGUGUGCUACAACAGCAGGGCAAACUGCAGGAAGCUCUGAUGCAUUAUAAAGAAGCUAUCCGAAUCAGUCCUACCUUUGCGGAUGCUUAUUCUAAUAUGGGAAACACUCUAAAAGAGAUGCAGGAUGUUCAGGGAGCCUUGCAGUGUUAUACCCGGGCCAUCCAGAUUAACCCAGCAUUUGCAGAUGCACACAGCAAUCUGGCUUCCAUUCACAAGGAUUCAGGGAAUAUCCCAGAAGCAAUCGCUUCUUACCGCACAGCUCUGAAACUUAAGCCUGAUUUUCCUGAUGCUUACUGUAACUUGGCUCAUUGCCUACAGAUUGUCUGUGAUUGGACAGACUAUGAUGAGCGAAUGAAGAAAUUGGUCAGUAUUGUGGCUGAUCAGUUAGAGAAGAAUAGGCUACCUUCUGUUCAUCCCCAUCAUAGUAUGCUAUAUCCCCUUUCUCAUGGCUUCAGGAAGGCUAUUGCUGAGAGACAUGGGAAUCUCUGCUUGGAUAAGAUUAAUGUCCUGCAUAAACCACCAUAUGAACAUCCAAAAGACUUGAAGCUCAGUGAUGGCCGAUUGCGUGUAGGAUAUGUGAGUUCUGACUUUGGGAAUCAUCCUACUUCUCACCUUAUGCAGUCUAUUCCAGGCAUGCACAAUCCUGAUAAAUUUGAGGUAUUCUGUUAUGCCCUGAGUCCAGAUGAUGGCACAAACUUUCGAGUGAAGGUGAUGGCGGAAGCUAAUCACUUUAUUGAUCUUUCUCAGAUUCCAUGCAAUGGAAAAGCAGCUGAUCGCAUCCACCAAGAUGGAAUUCACAUCCUUGUAAAUAUGAAUGGCUACACCAAGGGUGCUCGAAAUGAGCUGUUUGCUCUCAGGCCAGCUCCUAUUCAGGCGAUGUGGCUGGGAUACCCUGGGACUAGUGGUGCGCUUUUUAUGGAUUAUAUUAUCACUGAUCAGGAAACUUCACCAGCUGAAGUGGCUGAACAGUAUUCUGAGAAACUGGCUUAUAUGCCUCAUACUUUUUUUAUUGGUGAUCAUGCUAAUAUGUUCCCUCACCUCAAGAAAAAAGCAGUCAUCGAUUUUAAGUCCAAUGGUCACAUUUAUGACAAUCGGAUAGUUCUGAAUGGCAUCGAUCUCAAAGCAUUUCUUGAUAGUCUACCGGAUGUGAAAAUUGUCAAGAUGAAAUGUCCUGAUGGAGGAGACAAUGUGGAUAGCAGUAACACAGCUCUCAACAUGCCUGUCAUUCCUAUGAAUACUAUUGCAGAAGCAGUUAUUGAAAUGAUUAAUAGAGGGCAAAUUCAGAUAACAAUUAAUGGAUUCAGUAUUAGUAAUGGGCUGGCAACCACACAGAUCAAUAAUAAGGCUGCAACUGGUGAGGAGGUUCCCCGUACCAUCAUUGUAACUACCCGUUCCCAGUAUGGGCUACCAGAAGAUGCCAUCGUGUACUGUAACUUUAAUCAGCUGUAUAAAAUUGACCCUUCUACUUUGCAGAUGUGGGCAAAUAUUCUGAAACGGGUACCCAAUAGUGUGCUCUGGCUAUUGCGUUUUCCAGCGGUAGGAGAGCCAAAUAUUCAACAGUAUGCACAAAACAUGGGCCUGCCUCAGAACCGCAUAAUUUUUUCACCUGUUGCUCCUAAAGAAGAGCAUGUCAGGAGAGGCCAGUUGGCUGAUGUCUGCCUGGACACUCCACUGUGUAAUGGCCACACCACAGGGAUGGAUGUUCUUUGGGCAGGAACACCAAUGGUGACUAUGCCAGGAGAGACUCUUGCUUCACGUGUCGCAGCUUCCCAGCUUACUUGCUUAGGAUGUCUUGAGCUCAUUGCUAAAAGCAGACAAGAAUAUGAAGACAUAGCUGUGAAACUGGGAACUGAUCUAGAAUACCUGAAGAAAAUCCGUGGCAAAGUCUGGAAGCAGAGAAUAUCUAGUCCUCUGUUCAACACCAAACAAUAUACAAUGGAACUAGAGCGGCUCUACCUGCAGAUGUGGGAGCAUUAUGCAGCUGGCAACAAACCUGAUCACAUGAUUAAGCCUGUUGAAGUCACUGAGUCAGCGUGAAUAAAGACUGCACAGGAGAAUUAUCUCUAUACCUGAGCCUCAACCUUCUGGGGGAAAGGAAACUCAAUAACAUACAUACUUCUUACUUGUCUGUACAGUACCAUGUUGCAGAUGGGUGAUAUAUAAUGAUAAUAGAAUAGCACAGCCAGACUUGCUUCCUGCAUGAUAGGGAGAGACAUAAGAGAUUGGAGAACUGCUGUCCCACAAGGAAUCUCCAUAGCGUUUUGCAGCAACCAGGUGGUGCAGAAGUCUGGAAGGUCUGGUCUCCCUUGGUCUUCCAUGGGAUUCUUAAUUUGGAGGGGAGAUAUAGAUUGUCCGGCCAUUUUAUGAUUCCAUGGAUUGAUCAAGUCUUCUCAUUAUUUUUUUUUUCUUUAUAUUUUGGGUAUUAGAAUUUAAAGAAAGACACAUUUGCUUUCAGGUAUUUUUACUCAUUUGUGAAGUUAUUUUGAUUCUCCUGAGAUAAGGUUUUAAGCUAAAAUCUUGCUCCCUGUUUUAGUGUCUGAACUUUGACAGAUUAACAGGGACUUUUGCUGGUGUAGUCUUUUUAUAGGUUUUAUAAACCACUUGAGCCUAUAUCAGUCACUUUAGUACCUGACCUAAUGCUUGGAGUGAUCAUGCUUUGUUUAUUUAGAUGAUGACUAAUCAUUUUUUCCCAAUCUAUUUCCCAUAUCCUUUCCCCCAACCCUUGGCUUCCCUGUAAAAAUUCUCCUGUGACUUAACCAUGUCGGAUUUAAGACAUCCCAGAGUGUUUCUCUUAAACACACCAUCUGGUGCCAAAUGAAAAUUCUUAGGAGUGAUUCUUAAUCAUGAAGGGCACAGUUGUGGUACUGUCAUUGAUAAUAAUGUAGAUUUUUUUUGCAUAAUUUUAACCUAUUUCACCAGUGUUUCAACCCUUGACUGCCCCUUCUAUGCUGCUUCCAAAAGUGAUAGUGUGUGAUAAGAUUUUUACCUUCCUUUCUAAAGUUUGUUUUUUUUUUAAAGUGAGUCCUGUUCUUCCUAUUUCUUUCAGCAGAAAUGAAAUCCCAGGUAAGUAUAAGUAUUCAAAUAUUUGAUUAGUAAGUUGCAGUUAUUUCUAAUACAUUAAGUAAUGUUCACUGAUAAACUUGUUAUAGAUAAAAUAUCCGAAGGACCAUCUAUGUAUACAAGUAAUUAUUUUUCAGACUUUGUUAUGAUAUUAUAUAAUAACUGCCUUCUGGACUUAGUCUUAAAGUCUGUAUGGAUUCAGCCUCAGAAAUAGUGAAUUUGCACCGCUACUUGGUUUGGAGUACAAAUUAGACAUUAGCCCUCAUGGAGCUUGAGUUCUUGGUAGUAAGAACCAUAGGAAUAAAACUAAUUGAAUUUCAACCAAGGGUUGAGGGCUUGGGGCUUAAAUAAGCCAGCAUAUGAAUAUGUUUGUCUUGCUGAACUGCACUUCUGCUCUCCAGUCACAGAUACUUUUUGUCUGCUAGUAGUGUUUUCGAUGAUGUCUUUCCAAAGCCCCGAGGCAGUGCACCUAUUCUGUAGUUGCAGCUGUUGUCUGAAUGUAUCCUAGCUGACAAAUUACUGAAUAAUAAGGACUUGAAUUUGUGAAAGAUUCUUAUUGCUAACCAAAAUCUGAGCAAAGGGGUCUCAAAUGUAAUUCUGAGCCAGAAUUACAUAGUAUGAACUGUGUACCUUUUAAUAUUGUAAUUCAAGGAACAUCAGUUAAGGGAUUUCUUAAUUUAUUUUUUACCUGAUUGAAAUAUCAAUGGUAACCAGCCAGCAUGGUUAUAGAUUUUGGAUUUCACUGAACUACUCAAUGUGGGAUAGGAUAAUACUUCCAAUGCCCUAAAAGCUGUGACUUUACAGCCAAUUUACAUAGCACAUCAUUCCUCCUAUAGGGAUAAACUUUCCUGGCACGAAAAGUAGCCACUUUGGUUGAAGCUUUGCAUAUUGUAACAGGCUUUUACUUCCAGGUAACAUGUCUGUGGAGGACUUAAUUCUGAAUAGAGAUAUAGAUAUUACUGGAAACUAAUUGUUUUUCUAUUAUACUCUGCUUUAUCAAAAAGUAAAGCAUUUAAAUUGUGCUACAGAAGUUCAGUUGUUGUCUUGUGAUCAUUGAACAAUAAAUGGAUGAUUUCCCCUUAA